CAACAUUCCCAUUCUAAUCAAUACCCUUCUGUGAAAAACAUUGCACAACUUUUACCUUCUUCUCUCCUUGUGUCUUUGCUCUUCUUAAUCAACUUCCUUGUGCUAGCUCUUGUUUUGCAUGCUCCUAUGGAUAGCUUCUACCACCACCAUCAUCAUCAUCACCAUCAUCAACCUCACUUUGACAACAACAACAACAACAACAACCACAACGAGCCACACUUACCUCCUGGCUUUCGGUUCCACCCCACAGAUGAGGAACUCAUCACAUACUACCUCCUCAAGAAGGUUCUAGACAGCUCCUUCACUGGCCGAGCCAUAGUCGAAGUCGACCUCAACAAGUGCGAGCCAUGGGAACUUCCUGAGAAAGCAAAGAUGGGUGAGAAGGAAUGGUACUUCUUUAGCCUUCGUGAUCGAAAGUACCCAACUGGGUUACGCACCAAUAGGGCCACUGAAGCUGGUUACUGGAAAGCCACAGGGAAAGACAGAGAGAUCUAUAGCUCAAAAACUUGUUCCCUCGUUGGCAUGAAGAAAACCUUGGUUUUCUAUCGUGGAAGGGCUCCAAAGGGUGAAAAAAGUAACUGGGUCAUGCAUGAGUAUCGCUUAGAAGGCAAAUUCGCUUACCACUACCUCUCUAGAAGCUCCAAGGACGAGUGGGUGAUAUCACGUGUGUUUCAAAAGAACACCACGGGCGGUGGCUCCACCGUGUCGGCCACCGCCACCGGCGGUUCGAAGAAAACGAGAAUGAGUGCAUCAAACGUUAGUAGCAACAUUGAACCGGGUUCACCCUCUUCCAUUUACCUUCCGCCGCUUCUAGAAUCUUCUCCAUACACCGCCGCCAGCAGCACCACCGCCGCCGCCACAUUCAACGACCGAGAAAGCUGCUCCUUCGACAGCGCCGCCACCAACCAAAGGGAGCACGUGUCCUGUUUCUCCACCACCAACCCCUCCGCCUUCGACCACCUCGCUCCCCCGCCGGAGCCGCCCCUCGACCCGUUCUCCCGCUUCCACCGCAACGCCGUCGCCGUCUCCGCCGUCCCGAGCCUCAGGUCGCUGCACGACAAUCUCCAGCUCCCCUUCUUUUUCCCUCCGGUGGGCCACGGCGGCUCCGCCGACGUGGCCCCCUUCGCCGCCCCGGGGAGCUGGACGGCGCCGGAGGAUCAAAGGGUGGCCGAAGGUGGCGGCUCCGGCAUGCCGAUUGUGGCCUCGGAGCUUGAUUGCAUGUGGGGGUAUUAAAUUUUUUUGGGUUGACCAAUGCUGGGUCCUGUGUUGACCACUAUUAUUCUUAGGGUUUUAUUAGGGUUUGAAUAUGGGAUUAGCUAGUUGUCAUGUACUUUUCAAUUAUUGGGCUUGUUAGGGUUGUUGAUUGUGAUUGUUAGGGUAGCUUGGUAUUGUGGUUGGUUAUAUUUAACCUAAGUUCAGAUUUUACUAGGAUGCAUUAUUUAAUGUUACUGACUGACAUGGCAUGGGUUAGUUAGUUAAAUUGUGUGUUCUACUUUCUGAAUUUUAAUGCGUCACUUUUUCUUUCAUACAAAAAUUUAAUUCGUAACUUGUGACUACAUACUAUAGUACUACCAUCAUUCCGUAAAAUAAUUCCAAAAUU